GUUCGUUCAUUCUCCAAAAGAAAAGUUCAAAGGCCUUUUGCACGAUCUGAGUUAUUGCGCAAAAACUCUUCAGAAUAGAUCAAAAAUAUUCCGAUUAGUGAACUAUUAUGCUGCGCCAUGCUAUCAAACGUUUACUGGGUUGGGGUGCACAUCAGGUCAAGGUUACACCUCGCAAUGUCAUAUUAAUUACAGGCUGUGAUUCUGGCCUAGGAUUCUCCCUGGCCUUGUACUGCCAUUCUCUGAAUAUGACCGUUAUCUCGGCCUGUCACAAUGUCAACUCUGCAGGCGCGAAAAUGUUACAGCACCUGAAUGAUCCCAAACGUAUGAUAACCAUAGAAUUGGAUUUACUUCAACCGGAAAGUAUAGAACGUAUUCAAACCUAUUUGGAGGAGAUGUUGAGUGGAGAACGCAACGAUUAUCAAUUCACAGCGCUGGUGAAUAAUGCGGGCGCUAUGUGCUUUGGCGAAUAUGAAUGGCAAACAUGGCAACAAAUUGAAAUGCAAAUAAAUGUAAAUUUAUUGGGGACAAUGAGAUUGACCAAAGUAUUAAUGCCACUCGUGCGACAGCAUCAGGCUCGCAUCAUAAAUGUAACAAGUCAUUGUGGUUUACAGGCUUUGCCUGCCUUAUCACCAUAUGCUGCCUCAAAAGCUGGUUUACGCUGCUGGACCGAUUCCUUGCGCAUGGAAAUGAGCCAAUAUGGUGUGGAGGUCAUCAAUUUCAUACCUGGUUCAUUUGUAACAUCCAGCAAUAUAUCGGCUCGCCAGCAGGAACAUGCCAAAGCCAUGUAUGAAGCAUUCAACCAGGAGCAACGUGAAUUCUAUGCCCACUAUUUUAAGCGUUUCAAUGAUUACUUAACUGUGAUUUCUGGUUUUAAACCACCAAAUGCUGUCAAUGAUUUGGAUUUGUUAAACAAAUUUAAAGACUCCUUGACCAGCAGUCAACCUAAGGCGAUGUACAUACACGAGCCUUGGCGCUAUAAAUUUUAUCGCUUCUUAUUCCGAGUCUGUCCCACUCCUUUGGUGGAUUGGUUGUGUGUGAAAUUCUGUGCCAUGCCUACCUAUCGUCAGGUACAACAAGAAUUGCAAUCAUCUGCGGAAAAGAACUGUCUGCAAAAUAAUUAAGAAAUUACUUUUUCAUACACAUUGUGUUUUUUUUUUCAUUAUUUUUUUUUAAUAUUUGUUUUAUUAUUUUUGCGUUUUAGUUGUAUAAAUAUGUACGUUUGUAUCUAGAUUUUAAGAACAAUUUUUGGGAGUAAUAAAAACGAAAUUAUACUCAUAUCUAAAAACAA